GUGCUCAGGCUGGGUAAGAUAUACCGCUGUUUUAUCGCCUCUAGCUCACUUAAUUUUGAUUUCUAGAUAAUGUCACGUGGUGUGGUGGUAGUUAAGACAUUUGUGGUGAAUUGUGGUGUACUCAGCAAGGCAUUAUGGGGAGGGAGGUUUGCACAGGCAGCCACCCCCCUGCUUGCCACCCCCCAUGCCCCCCUCAUUGCCCCCCCAUCAGGCCGCCCUUUUCACACCACGGAAUCUCUGAAGAAAAAUGGGAAAAUGAGAUGGGAAUAUUUGAAUAACAAGAUGUAUAGACCUACGCCCAUUGGAGAGACUGAGAGGCCUGCGUUUGUUGCGCACGUGAAGAAGAACCUUAAAUACAGCCCAGACAAAAUGUGGUACAUAGCUUGUCUGGUCAGGGGGCUUAAAAUUGAUGACGCCAUUAACCAACUCAAGUUCGUGAGCCAGAAGGGAGCCCAGUUCGCCAUUGACACCCUGGAGGAGGCGCGGCAGAUGGCAAUUAGAGAUCAUUAUGUUGAGUACCCUAGUAAUCUCUGGGUUUCGGAAUCGUUCGUGGGGCGCGGCUUGGUGUACCGUGGCUACCGGAGACACGCCCGCAGGAGGUUCGGCAAGGUGGAAUACAAGCACUGCCAUUAUUUUGUGACCCUGGAGGAAGGCGACCCACCCCAGCAGUAUUACACUUACCAGGCCAAGCUUACACCGGAGGAGAUGUUGCAGGAGUACUUGAAGGAGUUAAGGAAGAGAAAUGUCCCCUUUGCUAUUUAAUAUGGGGGUCAGAGAGAGAGAGAGAGAGAGAGAGAGAGAGUAUAAUUUUUUUGUUUAUUUACCUCUGUCUGUGUGUGUGCGUUUGUUUGUGAUGAAAUAAAUGUAUAUAGGUCGUU